UGCGCGGCUUGUUUUGCGGGCAUUUCGAAGAACAACACAGUCAAGUUGUCUUUUUAUGAUAUUCAGAAUGAUGAGUGAGAGCCGAGUGUUUAUUUGUACUGCUUUUAGUUAUAAAUUAUAGUGUUUAGAGAGACAUUAUUCAUGACAUAGACAGUAAUCAAACUCCACAGCGGGAUCCGGUUGCUCGACAAGCCGAGAAUGUAUUAUGAAAAUAAACAAGACUGUCAUGACUGUGAGUGUUGAGAGUGACUGGGCCGGCUGUUCGCCGUUCUUCACGUAAAAACAGUUAUUUAUCCAGACGCGCAAGGCCCAAGGGAAGUUAUACAAUCAAAUCUACCAAAAUGCUGAGAAGACUUGCUCCAAGUCAGCUCUCCCAGUCUCAACAGACUCAGCCGAGUAAACGCAAGAAUAAUGAGGACGUUUGUGGUAAAAGGCUCUCAUCCCAAAAGAAGUUGAAGUUAGAUUCUGACUCCAGUAAUGUUGGCAGUUCACCGUCAGCCGGGUCCAGGUUCACAUCCAUCAUGAGGAGACCUCUCAACUUACUGAAUAACACCAACUGCAGCCCGGCAAGAUCAUCUCAUGAAGAGGCAAUCAAGAAUAUUCUCUCACGGCCGUUCAAGAUACCUAUUCCCAACUACAAAGGAUCUACGCUUGCUUCAAGGGGUCUUGGCAUCCGUCGUCAAGGGGCACGUCAGCCCCUUCAUGAUCCUUACGAGGAAGGGGCACUCGUGCUGUAUGCACCGGAGGAGCUGAGUGCACAGGAGCAGCUUACUGUCGACAGAGAGAAAGUGGAGGUGCACGUGGUUGUUGACCCUCAGCUUUCAAAGGUUCUGCGUCCUCAUCAGAGAGAGGGAGUCAAGUUUCUGUGGGACUGCGUGACUGGAAGACGCAUUCCCAAAAGCUAUGGGUGCAUCAUGGCAGAUGAAAUGGGACUUGGUAAGACUCUUCAAUGCAUAGCUCUCAUGUGGACCCUACUCAAACAAAGCCCGGAUGCAAAGCCAGAACUGGACAAGGUUGUUGUUGUAGCGCCCUCAAGUUUAGUCAAGAAUUGGUACAACGAGAUCAGCAAAUGGUUAGGCAGUAAGCUGAACGCCAUGGCCAUUGAUUCAGGAACCAAAAAGGAAAUAGACACCAACCUGGCUUCAUUCUUGGCUCAACAUGGCCGACGAACAUCACAUCCUAUUCUUAUCAUCUCAUAUGAGACGUUUCGUCUGCAUGCUGCAACCCUUCAUAAAGGAUCAGUGGGUCUCGUCAUAUGUGAUGAGGGCCAUCGUUUAAAGAACUCUGAGAACCAGACUUACCAAGCGCUGAAUGGAAUGAAUGCAAAGAGACGGGUGUUGCUGUCCGGAACGCCCAUUCAGAACGAUCUGCUAGAAUACUUCAGCUUGGUUCAUUUCGUCAACGAGGGAAUCCUUGGAACAUCACAGGAAUUCAAGAAGAAGUUUGAGUUGCCGAUCCUGAGAGGUCGUGACGCCAGCUCUAGCGACAAAGACAAACAGCGAGGCCAAGAAAAACUACAGGAGCUUGCAGUAUUGGUCAACAAAUGCAUCAUCCGAAGAACAUCUGCCCUUCUGACGAAAUACCUUCCAGUUAAAAUUGAACAGGUUGUGUGUUGUAAGAUGACGCAGCUUCAAACAUCCCUGUACAAACAAUAUGUGUCCAGCAAGAUGUCUGAAUGUGGGACAAGCAACAGCGGCAAGAAUUCAGCGUCUUCUCUCUCUGCCAUUACACAACUCAAGAAACUCUGCAAUCACCCAGCAUUGAUCUAUGACAAGUGUCAAGAUUCGCAGAGUGAUUUCGCAGAUUGCACCGAGCUGUUUCCAAACAACUACAAUCAUGGGAAGGUACAACCAGACCUAUCAGGCAAGAUGUGUGUCUUGGACUAUUUGCUGGCCAUGACUCGGAGUACAACCAGUGAUAAGGUGGUCUUAGUUUCCAACUACACACAAACUCUGGAUCUUUUUGAGCAACUCUGCAGACAGAGAAACUAUAUCUUUGUGAGACUGGACGGCAGUAUGUCCAUCAAGAAAAGGGCCAAGAUGGUGGAGAGGUUCAACAAUCCUAGUAGUCCAGAGUUCAUCUUUAUGUUAAGCAGUAAAGCUGGUGGGUGUGGCUUAAACUUGAUAGGAGCCAAUCGGCUGGUCAUGUUUGACCCCGAUUGGAAUCCGGCCAAUGAUGACCAAGCAAUGGCCAGAGUGUGGAGGGACGGACAGAAGAAAGAAUGCUUCAUCUAUCGCCUACUCUCAACGGGUACGAUAGAGGAGAAGAUAUUCCAGCGUCAGGCUCACAAGAAAGCUCUGUCGAGCUGCGUCGUCGACAAUGAAGAAGACGUCGAGAGACAUUUCUCUCUGGAUCAGCUCCGUGAUUUAUUCCCUCUGAAUGAGAAUACCAUCAGUGACACCCAUGACAAGUUCAACUGUCGUCGCUGUGUCAACAACAUCCAGGUCCGUCCCCCACCGCCAGACUCAGACUGUAACAGUGAUCUUAGCAAUUGGAGCCAUUGCAGCAGUAAGCGUGGCGUCACGGACUGCAUCUUAAAGAAAGCUAUGGAGAUGGACAGUAUAUCUUUCAUCUUCCACCAUCGAUCACAUGAACAGAUUAAAACUGUUUAGAGGAGCUGAGGAAGAUUUCUGCGAUAGAUGGAUAACUCUUUCUUGAGGUAUUGGAAUUGUUAUUAAAUAAAUUCUUUGUAUCUUAAAGAAAGCAAUGGAGAUGGACAGUACCGGUAUAUCCUUCAUCAUUGAUGAUCUUCCACCAUCAAUAACCAAAACAGAUUAAAACUGUUUAGAGGAGCUGAGGAAGAUUUCUGCGAUAGAUGGAUAACUCUUUCUUGAGGGAUUGGAAUUUUUAUUAUUAAAUAACUCUCUAUAUCUUAAAGAAAGCAAUGGAGAUAGCUAGUACAUGUAUAUCCUUUAUCAUUGAUGAUCUUCCACCUUUGAUAACAAAAACAGAUUAAAACUGUUAAGAGUAUCUGGGGAGUAUUUCUGUGGCGCAUGGAUGAUUCCUUCUUUAGUGGAAUUGUUAUUAUUAUAUAAUUCUCUAACAUCAUCGUCAUCAGUCGGCUGUACAGCAGGUGGACACAAGCUUUUCCCAUUCUAUCCUGUCUUGUGCUAUUCUCCGAAUCUCAAGUGGGGAGAGCAGAGUGUCCGUUGACUCUAACCUUGCGAUGCACUCUGCGUAUAGUAGGCGCUGGUGACCUAUACAUCUUCUCUAUAUCUUAAAGGAACAAUAAAGAAUUGGUUUUGCUAGCAAAAAAAAGUUGCUGGCAGUGUAAGCAAUAUUAUGUGAUCCACUAUAUACAUAAACUGACAAACCUGUAGAAGUUUGAGAUCGAUCUGCCAUCUUGGUCACAAGAGAUAAGUAAAAAAACAAUUACAAAUUUUGCUUAGCAUUGAUUCCAAAACAAAAAUGAAUAAAACUCCAAAUGCGAAAUUAG